CGAGGAGAAGGGAGCCUGGGGCGAUAGGGGAGAUGUGGCGCCGGGAGCUGAGAAUGGAUAUGUUACAUUGCCUGGAUGGCUGUAUGAGAAACGCUCCUCAAGUGACUGGGGAGACUCAAACCAUGUCGGUAGGGACGCCACACAACAAAUGCCCAGAAAGCUCUUGCUUAAAGACACCGGGCAGAGCGCCUCCUCCUCGGGCCACGCACAGUCUCCACGCCGAUCCCGCUACAGGUUCGCUCGCAGCCUUGAUGGGAAAUUUACGCAUGAGAAAGAAGGAAACUCCAGUUGGGAGAAAGUUUCCCCCAAUAGCUCAACAGAUCCCAGGCGUCUCGAAGUUCUCUACAGACUGCAGCAGGGAGAUGGAGACCCGCAGCCCUUUGCAGGGAAUGUGAAUGUGGAGGACAGUACCGAGAACUACUCCGGGGAGGUGGAAGAGGCAGUGCCUACGGUGCCUCCUUCCUGGAUGACCGCCCUGUAUUUCAGCCGGCGUCGGGAGCAGCUGAGGUUGAAGCCGGCAGCAGGGGUGGAGAUGCCGAGGGCCAAGUUCAGCCUGGAGCUGUGGGUGAAACCUGAAGGAGGACAAAGCAACCCUGCAAUAAUAGCAGGUGUAUUUGACAACUGUUCUCACUCACUGAGUGAGAAGGGCUGGUCAGUGGGCAUUCGCACUGUGGAACCCACCAACACCAAAGACGCAAGGUUCUACUUCACACUUCGGACAGACCGAGCUGUUAAAUCUACCACUGUCUAUAGCCACCAGCAAUAUCAAGCCAAUGCCUGGACUCAUCUGAUGGCAACUUACAACGGCCACAACAUGACCUUGUAUAUUGAUGGAGCUAAGGUGGGAGAAAGCAGUCUCCAGUCAGGGAAUCUAUACAGUCCCUACAUGAAGACCUGCAGAACUCUCUUCCUCGGCAGCAAUCAAUCAGAUCAGGGGCAUGGCUUCAGAGGUUAUAUAGGGGGUAUGAUCCUGUGGGGCUAUGCCCGCUCUCAUAAGGAACUGCUGAAGAGGCCGCUUCAACUUGACAACAACAAGCCAGUGUUGGCGAUGUGGGCUGACUUCUCUAAUGUGGAACAGCUAUGGAUGCCACAUAAAAAUGGCUUCCAUCCAACCAUUAUCACCACUCCUGUCCCUGAACAAGAACUUGUCUCCUCAUUUCUGCCACCACCCUGUGGCCUGACACUCUGCGAUAACACCGACAUUAUCUUUGGCUACAAUGUCAACUGGCAGCUCCGUACCCCCAAGCAAAUUCGCUACCGGAUCGUUAACCUCUGCAAUGAUGAUGGUGGAAACCCCACUGUGACACAAGCCCAGAUCCAGCUUCAACACCAGGCUCUGACUGAUGCCUUUCACCCUUACAAUAUCACCCUAGAUCUGAAUGUACACACUGUCAGAAAUUCCAGCCUCCGACAACGGUUCAUUCUCAGCAACUGUCGAAUUGGAAAGAUUGGUAAUCGUCAAUGUGACCUUGAGUGUGACCAUCCAAGAACGGGCCAUGAUGGAGGGGACUGCCUUCGACUGGGACCCUGCUAUAACUGGAAGAGACAGGAUGGGGUUUGUAACAUGGAAUGCAACAGUAUACACUAUGACUAUGAUGAUGGUGACUGCUGUGACUCGGAGGUCACAGAUGUCCUCAAGACCUGCUUUGAUCCCGAGUCCCCUGACAGGGCCUAUAUGAGUGUGAAAGAGCUAAAGGAGGCGCUAUACCUGAGCGGCACUGACACGCUCAAUGUUUUCUUUGCCAGCAACUCAGUACGUGAAGAGCUGGCAGGAGCUGCAACCUGGCCAUGGCAAAAGGAGGCCCUUACCCACCAAGGUGGGAUGGUGCUGAACCCAUCCUACUUUGGUACAGUGGGGCACCAUAACACCAUGAUCCAUGAGAUGGGACACAUCUUCGGACUUUACCAUGUCUUCAAAGGGGUGAGCGAGCGGGACUCCUGUGAUGACCCAUGUCAGGAGACCACCCCCUCAAUGGAGACAGGAGAUCUCUGUGCCGACACUGCCCCAACACCCAAAUCCAAAGCCUGCCAUGAUCCUGAAGGUGUUAAUGAUACCUGUGGAGUCAUCAUGUACCAGGACACACCUUUUAGCAAUUACAUGAGCUAUACAGAUGACAACUGCACCAACCAUUUCACUCCCAAUCAAGUGGCUAGGAUGCACUGUUAUCUUGACCUGGUGUACCAGAAGUGGUUGACGAACCAUCAACCUGCUCCCAUCCCUCUGGCCCCUAUAGUAACUGGCCAGAGUUCAGAUUCUGUCUCUGUCUACUGGGUACCACCUACAAGGGGACCACUUUAUCAAAGCUCCUCAUUUCAUGUAUCUGGUAUCAGCUGUGGAGACUGUGAGAAGGAUGGCGUUUUCCACCAGUAUGCCUACGCCGCUACAUCACCACGUAUCUGUGACACGUCAGGCUACUGGACACCUGAGGAAGCAGUUGGCCCACCUGAUGUGGAGCAGCCUUGUGAUCCCAGUCUCCAGGCAUGGAGUCCUGAGCUCAGCCUUUAUGACACUAAUGUGACAUCACCAUGUCCCGACACAGAGGGCUGCACCCUCAUACUGAGGUUCCUUCACCCCACUGUCCCACAUGCGCUCACCAUCUGGGUGACCUACAUUUCUUCAAACAAUCCAGCCAUUGAUAACAUAGAGUUAAUAACAGAUACCGGGAAAAGCAUUAACCUCGGACCCCAGCAUGUCUUCUGUGACAUGCCCCUCACCUUGCGCCUUGACACUCACAAUGCUGCUAUCGCCUCUGUAAAACUCUGCACCUUCGAUGAGAAGAUGGAAAUUGAUGCAGUCAUGUUGUCUUCAGGACCCAGUAGCCCUCUGUGCUCUGGCUGCCAACCUCUGCUGUACCGAAUUCAGCGGCAGCCACCCUUCACCAGCAGAUCCCCACCACCUCAGAUCCAACAGACAUUCACAGACAGCUCUGUGAGGCAGGGAGUGAAGUACCAGUACACAGUCCAGGUGGAAGCAGGCGGACUCCUCAGUGAUCCCUCCCCACCUCUCCUCUAUACCCAUGGGCAGUCCUACUGUGGGGAUGGCCUCAUACAGGGGACAGAAGAGUGUGAUGACAGUAAUCUGUUGAAUGGGGAUGGCUGCUCUAUGAAAUGUCAUAAGGAGAUGGGCUUCAACUGUAAUGGUGAACCCAGUCAGUGUUAUGUUUUUGAUGGUGAUGGUGUAUGUGAGGAGUUUGAGCGGGGCUCCAGUGUUCAGGACUGUGGUUACUUCACACCUUUGGGCUACACAGACCAGUGGGCAUCCAUCGCCACUGCUUCUCACCAGGACUCCAACUGCUGUCCUGCCCACGCUGCCACCGGAGAGCCAUCCCUGAACAUGCUCUGCAGGUACCAGCACCUAGAGGUGGGCGAGAAACUGUCCACCAAUGCCUGGUUCCCCUGCACAGCCGAGUCUGACACAAAUAAUGACCUGGAACAUUCAUUUUGGCUGAAGGUGGGAUUUGUCCAUCCUGGAGUGGCAGCCUCUGUAUUGGUGUACCUAGCUUCAGACGGGUCAUGGUCUGGGGAGCAAUGUCGGAGAACAGUCACCAUGUUCCUGUCUGAUACUACUGGCAAAAAUCACUCACUAGGCACACAUGACCUCUCUUGCCAUCGGAACCCGUUGGUAGUGAAUGUGACCCAUGACCUCUCUCAACCCUUCUUCCUCACGGCCUCUGUUAUCCUCCUCUUCUCCUCCCCCUCUGUGGCAGUGGGAGGGGUAGCCCUGAGGACCUCCUGCCAUUUCAGCACCUUCGCCCUGACCGGCUGUUUGCAGCGGCCGUGCCAGAUAGACACCUGCAGCCCUCUGCAGGUAGAGCAUGCCUCUGUCAGAUGUACAGGAGGAGGGGAAGCUUCUCACUGCUCUGUUCUGUGUCACCAUGGCUUCAGUAUCAUUGUCCUCAAUGGCAGAAGAGCUCCACCCCACCAGAGACAGCUAGACCUGGAAUGUUUUCAUGGUUCAUGGGAUCGAAUAGUUAGUUGUCAGCCUGUGGACUGUGGCCUGCCUGAUCAGUCUCAUGUCUACCACGCUAUAUUUAGUUGCCCCUGGGGAACCACCUUUGGCAAACAAUGUUCCUUCACCUGUGGAUCACCAGCCAUACUACAAGGUGACAGUGACAGGUUGGUGUGUUUGGAGGAUGGGCUGUGGUCUUUUCCAGAGGCCUACUGCAAGAUAGAGUGUCCAGAGGUCCCAAACAUAUUCAAUGCCAAGCUGCUAACAGCAGACUGUCUGGCCUCAGGGCACGACGUGGGGGCUGUCUGCCGUUACAGUUGCGACCAAGGCUUCUAUGUAAUAGGCAGCCUCAAACAGAAGACACCGAGGAAGUACUUCACACUGGAGUGCCUGGAAGGGGGGCAGUGGGAGGAAACUGGGUGUGAGCCAAUAUCUUGCCCAGCUUUACCUGACGUAUUCCAUGGCAUGUAUACCUGCACCAACAGCCUCUACUAUGACACCGUCUGCAAGUUGCAGUGCCUUGAUGUAACUGAAAAUAGUGAAAUUCACUGCAAUGAGGAUGGUGAAUGGACAGCAGAGUUCACUAUGUGCUCCAGCGUCCAGGGAUCCUGCUCUCUUCCUCCUGAUCUCAACUCUGUAGAUUACAGCUGCGACCAGGGGAUGGAUGUCGGUGCUAUUUGCUACCCAACAUGCAUUAUGGCUCUGGACAUGGAUCUGCAUGACCCUGUGAUUCUGCCUAAUGGCACCACAACUGACUCUUUAAAGCACUGGAUGCUGCCCACCAAAGUCCAGAGCAUAACCUGCACAGGGAUGCUGAAGUGGUACCCUGACCCUCAACACAUCCACUGCAUCCAGUCAUGUGAGCCUUUUGGAGGGGAUGGCUGGUGUGACACCAUCAACAACAGGGCCUACUGCCAGUAUGAUGGAGGAGACUGCUGUACAUCCACACUCUCCACUAAAAAGGUCAUUCAGUUCGGAGCAGACUGCAAUCAGGAUGAGUGCACUUGUCGUGAUCCGGAUGCCGAGGAGCAUAAGAGCAAAGUAAAGCACUUGGAUGGAGGAGGUGGUGGAGCUGGUGGAGGAAUGCAGUAAGAUGGAGGGAUGGAAUAAGUUACAUGUAUAGAGUAAAACCACAGACUAUACACCACAACAAAUAAACAAAAAAAAUCUAGUUUCUUUUUUAAAUGUGAUUGAAAUCAGACUUCAUACAAAAAGACUGUUUUUAUUUUGCUAACAGUGAUCUUACUGUCAAAAAGCAUCACAUAUGAGUCAUGUUGGUUUAAAAUUUGAUUUCUCUUUUCAGUCAAGCCAAAUAACAUCCAUCAAUAUAAUGUCUGAUCUGUUAGGAAGUUAAGGUUUGUCAUGACUGCCAGAUCCGUGUAAGAGCAGAAUGUGAUAUUCUGAAAAUGGAAGUCUAGCUCAGAAAGUACUGAGGUCUCGUUCAAAUAAGGUUAAAGAGCAGUUUAUCCACUCCUGUACAAAUCAAGUCAUUCAUAAUUGGAUCAAAUCAGUACUGAAAGUGGAUUCAAGUACUUUCCCAGACCUUGAUUAGUCCUGGGAUAAAGAAACCAAAAGAACUGUCUGUGCCUGAAAACUCUUCAGUACUGGCACAGACCUUAGAGUAAGGUCUACUAUUUCUAACUGUUUACUGUAGCAUGCAGUUAGAGGAGCGUGACAAUGAGUGACAAAUUAAAGGGAAAGCUGACAAAGUAAACAACAUAUACUGUUUAGUAAAGUGACUCUAGAGCAGCUUCAGCCCUCUGUUGGAGGGAGAAAACCUCAUUUUUCCAAAACAUAUUCCCUCACUGUGUUCAACACAGGGUUUUAACCUCAUGAAGCCAUUCAGUGACUUAGAGCUGCAACCAUUAGUUUAUUGACUGACAGAAAUGAACUGUGGCUAUUUUGAAGCAAAAAUCAACACUUUGUGGUUCCACAUUCCUAAAGGUAUGGAUGUGAUGCUUUUCUAUGUUGAUGCCAGAGAUUUUCUUUUGCUGGAGCUAUUGGGCUGCUUGAUUUUACAGUGAGGAAGCUCAGAAAUUAAGCGUUUCGCAUUAAUGUUCCAGUCACCAUUAUGUGCACGCAAGUCACACAGGUCAUCUGAUUCAGCCACAUGUGUUGGCUUUGUAAUUUUGGUUUUAAUAAUCUGUUUGUUUUAUUAUUGUAAUUAUUUCUUUUUCAAAUAAUAAAUAAGAGUAUUCACCCAUUAAAAAUAACAAAAUGUAUAUAAUCAACAGACAUUUCUUGGCAGUGCAAUAAUUGUACUCUGGCUAUCCUAGGGGUAGUUGCAGCACCUUCAAGCCCCUCUCUUGUGCCACCUAUGAACUUUGUUUAUGGUUUUUGUUUUUUUGUUUGAGGAUACCUGCUUUGACUCUUGAAAGUCCAAAUCAACAUUUGUUUUCCAAUUUAUGACAUCUGUGAAUAAAAACAUAAGAAAAUAAUUGGCUGAUUAAUCAGCAACCCCUGCAUUUUUUUGUAUUGCCACUCAUUUAUUCAGGAUUUUCCUUU